GAUUCGUUCGCGGAGUUGGAGGCAGCCCUGAGCUCCCAGACCCAGGCAGAGGACUCCCAACCUCCUGAUUCGAUGGGCAUAUCCGAGCAAUCGUUGUGUGCGGACGCGCAGCCACGCGAGCCCUUCGACCCGCUGCGCCCGAUGGCAUCGGCCAUCCCCGUCAAGGCGGUCGCGGAACGCUCCAAGUUUUUCGCGUCGCUGGUGGUCGACAACUUGUUGUGCAGCGCGAUCUCGAGGGACGAGGCCCACAGGAAGUCCACGUGCGCAUUCGCCAAUGCCUUCGCGAGUCUCCUGAAGCAGGACCUCGCCAUGGGCGUGGUACCUGUGUUUUACGCAGGGUGUCCAUUCGACUUGCUCACGUCUCUCAGGCAGGCUGCCUUCCUGAUCGAUGUCGGCAGUGGCAAUGCCCAGGAGGACUACGCAGAUCGGCACGCGAAGUUCGACCAGUUCUGCACCACAGCGAAGGGGGGGUCCGACCACGGUAUCCAGAAGUCUGCGCCCGCCUCCCUUGGCACUGCUGAGCGGCGGUCUCAGCAGAUGAUAUACGCGACGGGGACGCACGAGGCCACUCUGAAGAUCUUCAACAAUCUGAAACCCAUCGACACCGUUUUCAAGAAGCGCCCGUGGGAGCAGAUGGUGGCUUUCGUUGAGAACUACCGCGUCUGGAAGUCUACAUCGAACAAAACUACGGGCAACGCUUUCCAAACUCCCCUGGCCUUCGCACGGGCCGCAAGCCACCUGAAGCCGGGCGCCCAUGCGCUCAUGGGCGAGAAGAAAUACACCAAGCCGCUCGAUCCGUUCGUCACUUCCCUUGAGACGGCCACCAAGCAGUUCCCAGAGCAGCCGCUGUUGCAGACGGCCCUCGGGAGCACGAAGCAGCUCAAGAUGGAGAAGAACACCGCCCACCACAGCACGCGAAUCGAGGCAGGCUGCGCGGCGUUGCAGGGGGUCAAGGUCACGACUGGGGCCAAGUCGAUGUUGCUCAACACUAUCGUCGGUGCCUCGGGCUGGAUGGUGGAGCACUUCAACGGUGAGAAGGAGGAUGCCAGCCUCUCUCCGCUUGCAUAUGCCACCCUGAAGGCUGCUGAGUUACUGCAUAUGGGGACUCCGAACGUCCAGAAACCGCCGAACGAGAUCCGCCUGUUGGGCCUUCUCCUGCAGGACAUGCAGGCUGUCGCGGAUCUCCAGGCCGACCUUGUGAAGAGAGGCCCCAUGCAGGGGAGGGGCUCCGAGCGCGACCUGGCGAAGGAGGAACAUAACUGCGGGCGCCACAACAUCGCGAAGUACAAUGCGUUGGUGCAGGGCGCUGUUAAAACUGUCGAGACUCUGUCCAAGGCCUCCAACUUCCAGGGCGUCGCAGAGCGCUUCGCCAAGUACCGCAAGGACCGCCUCAGCUACUCGGAGAAUCUCGCCGACGCCGUCACAUUUGCCGCCAACAAGAUCGAGGACUCGGGCCUCCGCGCGAAGCAGGCCGACUUAGAGAAGGUGGCUGGUGGCCUGCUGGACGGCAAACACUGGUCGGAGCACCUCUACGACAACGCCACGACGAUGGACGAGCUCGCGCAGGCGAACCCCCUGGCGACGUUCCAGGCCAAGAAGGACAAGGAUCUCAAG